AUGUCUGGAAAGGGCUUCAGGGGCCUCAAUGAGGCCAUGCGCGCUCUGAGCCUGGCCUCACAACCCUGCAGAAACGCAAGGCCAGUCACGGCAGCACUAUCAUCUAUGGCAUCGCGCACAAUGGCGACCACAACGACGCCAUCCGGCCUGGCGGUUCCAUCGGCCGACUCCUCCACCACCACCUACGUGCCCUUCCAACCUCUCUCCACAGUACCCGUCACCGUCUACAACUUCCCCAGCCUCGAGCCCCGCGCCCUCGAGAACUACUCCACAAAGCACCUCUACCUGCCCCUAAGGCGUGACAUACUCCACCUGGCCGUGACGUACGAGGGCGACAACACCCGCCAGGGAACGGCCAGCUCCAAGACACGUUACGAGGUCCACGGCUCGCACCGCAAACUGUUCCGGCAGAAGGGCACGGGCAGGGCGCGUGUGGGAACCAAGCAGUCGCCCCUCCGCAAGGGCGGCGGAAAGACGUUCGGCCCGCACCCGCGCGACUUCGGCACCAGCCUCAACCGCAAGGUGUACGACCUGGCGUGGCGCACGGCGCUGUCGUACCGCUACCGGCGCGGGGAGCUCGUCGUGUGCGAGGACGGGCUGGAGCUGCCGCUGCCGGCGGACUUCCUGGCCCUCGCGCAGCAGGGCAGGCUGACGCGCGAGCUCGAGGACAGCUUCGUGGCGCGGUACCUGGGGGACGUCAUGGGCGGGCUGCGGUGGGGCAAGGGCCACGGCCGCACGACCUUUGUGACGACGGACCCGCGGCCCAACCUGUUCACCAGCCUCGAGGUCGCCGGGGAGCACGGCAGGGCCAUGGAGAUGCGGGACGUCGACGUCAAGAACCUGCUCGAGGGCGGGCGCAUAGUGAUGGAGCGCAGCGCGCUGAGGGAGAUCAUCAAGAUGCACAGGAGCGACCUGGUCAGCAGCAUCGUGAUCAACGGCACGAGGGACAAGGGCCCGGUGAUUGGGUCGAGGGUGAUCCAGUAA